AUGAAAGGCAGUACUGCUGCUUCAGAUGCUGCUGCAGCAGAAGUUGCUGCUGCACAGGUUGCUGCUGCGGGAGAGGAUCUUGCUGCAGCAGCAGCAGCAGCAGCAGCAGCAGCAGCAGCAGCAACAGAUACAAUUCCAGCAGCCCUUAAAAGCGAGACGCCAGAGGAGGCGGCCGCUGCAGCAGCAGCAACCGAAGCAGCAGCAGCAGCAGAUUUGCUUUCACUUGCUGCUGCAGAAGCCAGCAGCAGCAGCAGCAGCAGCAGCAGCAGCAGCAGCAGCAGCAGCACAGAGGAAGCGAAGGCUACAGAGGAGGAGGGUGCUGCCCCUGAGUGGGUCGACCAGACAGCAGCAGCAGAACAGCAGCAGCAGCAACAGCAGCAGCAGCAACAGCAGCAGCAGCAGCAGCUGGAAGAAAGCAAGCAGGAAGCCGUUGCUGCUGCUUCAGAGGAGGGCACGGUUGCUGCUGCUGCUGCUGACACAGCAGCAGCAGCAGCAGCAGCAGCAGCAGCUCCAGAUGCAGCAUCCACCGCAGAGACAGGGUCUGAUGCCGCAGCUGCAGCAGCUGCUGCGAUGGCAACAGCAGCAGUUGCUGCUGCAGCAGCUGCUGCUGCUGCAGCAGCUGCUGCUCCUCAAGAAGACAAAGUACCUUCAGCUUUGGGGGAGUCGCAGCAGGUUGCUGCAGAGACAGCAGCAGCAGCAGCAGCAGCAACAGCAACAGCAGCAGCAGCAGCAGAGGAAACAACUGGGGAUGUAGCAGCAGCAGCAACAACAGCGGAAACAGCAGCAGAAGCAGCUGAACGAGCAGCAGCAGCACGCGCAGCAACAACAACAACAGCGGCAGCAGCAGCAGCAACCGAAGCAGCAGCAGCAGCUGAGGGGUCAGCAGCAGAAGGUCAUCCAGCGGCAGCAGCAGACACAGCGAAGCACGAAGCAGAACAAGCAGCAGCAACAGCAGCAGCAGCAGCAGCAGCAGCAGCAGCAACAGACGCUGCUGCGGUAAAGGCAGCUAAGGCAGAAGAAACAGCAGCAGCAACUUCUGCUGCAGAAGGAACAGAUGAUGCUUCUACAGCAGCAGCAGCAGCAGCAGCAGCAGCUGCUGCUGCUGCUGCAGCUGCUGCUGCUGCACCUGACUCCCCAACGAAAGCCGCAGCAGAAGCAGCACCAGCACUAAAGGAGAAGGAAGCAGCAGCAGCAGCAGCAGCGGCAGCAACGGGAGCAGCAACACGACGUUCUAUGAGCGGGCCCAAGGAUGCUGAUGACGCAGCAGCACCAGCAGCAGCAGCAGCAGCAGCAACAGCAGCAGAGCGGGUUGCUGCUGCUGCAGCAGGCGCAACGACACCUGCAGCAAAAUCCCCAAAGCGCGAAGCAUCAGAUCAAAGAAAGAAGACAGCAGCAGCAGCAGCAGCAGCAGAUACAACUGCAGCAGAACCAGCAGCAGCAGCAGCAGAGCCAGCAGCAGUAGCAGCAGCGACUGCAGCAGCAGCAGCAGCAGAAGAUGAUGAUGAUGAAAGGGACCCUUGGGCACCUCUGUUGUCUCCUGCAGAGGAGGAGAUGUUCAGCAGCAAACGCAGCAGCGGCAAGGCCUCACCCUGCGACAGCAGCAGCAGCAGCAGCAGCACCCUGCUGUCUCCUGCAGAGGAAGAGAUGUUCAGCAGCAAACGCAGCAGCGGCAAGGCCUCACCCUGCGACAGCAGCAGCAGCAGCAGCAGCAGCAGCAGCAGCAGGAGCAGCAGCAGCAGCAGGUGGAGAGGUGAUGGGCACAGGAGACACACGAGCAGCAGCGCAGCAGACUCAUACAGAACCAGCAGCAGCAGCAGCAGCAGCAGCAGCAGCAGCAGGGAAGGCCGCAGCAGCACAGGCAGCAGUAUGAGGAUAGAUAGAACACACAAAAUGAGCUCAAGCAGCAGCAGCAGCAGCAGCAGCAGCAGCAGCAGCAGGGGAAGCUUCUGCCUGUCUAGAGCGUCUUCAUUCGAAGGCAGUGCAGCAGCAGCAGCAGCAGCAGCAGCAGCAGCAGAUAUGCCUGAUUCUAUGGAUCCCUGGGCGCCGGUAACCUCUGAAGAUGCAGCAGCAGCAGCAGCAGCAGCAGCAGGGAGCAGACACAGCAGCAGCCCGAGAGACGGUGGGAUGGGGACCCCGCGCGAAGGCAGCAGCGGCUUCCUGCAGCAGCAGCAGCAGCAGCAGCAGCAGCAGCAGGAUACACAGGAGUACGGCCGCAGCAGAAGGGGCAGCUUCAGCAGCAACGAGGGUUUUGCUGCUGCUGCUGCUGCUGCUGGGAGGAGAGACCCCGGGGCCCCCCCUUCACGCUCUCAACUGCAUCCUCGGCUGCAGCGGCGGCAGCAGCAGCAGCAGCAGCAUGAGCCCGACCCCCACCAGCAGCAGCAGCAGCAGCAGCAGCAGCAGCAGCAGCAGCAGCGUCGUCUAUGUAUUGGCCCCCCUCCCCCUACCCUAGAGAUUUCUCUUCCUGGCAAAGACACCAAGAACAACAACCCCACCACCACCACCACCAUCACCACCCACCAGACCCACCCCUCUGGUCUUCAGGGGGGGGCCCCCCUCCAAUGGGGGCCCCCAGGAUCAGAGAUCUCUCAGAAUACAGGUCCCUCAGACAUCCUCCCCAUGGGGGCCCCCAUGGUGGGGGUCCUCAUCAUGGGGGGGGCCCCCCUCCUAUGGGGGGCCCCCAUGGAGGGGGGGGCCCUGGUCUUCAUGGUUGCCAUUCUAGUGGCUGGGAUUCGCUGCGCUCUUCGCCUCAUGGGGGGGGAGACAGAGACAGGAGAAUGGGGGGGGGGCCCCCCUUGGGAUGGGAGAGAUGAGGCGAUGAUGAUGAGGGGAAUGAGGAGGCCAGCAUCGUCGCCAGGGUACAGACACCAGAGACAGCAUCCCUGGUAG